CGACCACGGAAUUACACCGGAGUCCGAGCAGCUCUUUGGCACUUCAUGUUGGUGUGAUGUGCAGCACAAGUCUGAGUGCACUUUUAAAGUAUUAGACGUCGAUUUACACUUUUCCAGACCUGCAGAGUUAAGUAGAUCUCUCGCUUCUGUCGCGCGUAAAACCUGUUGGGCGCGUCGGGGAGCAACAAAUCCGCUGUGAAGUCCAGUUUUUUCGUCGGAUAUUUGAGCCGAUAACACAAAAUGGAAAACUUAACAACAGCUCCAAAGCUGAACCACACUUUAGGGAUUUGGACGGACUACAGUAUCCAGUACAAAGUGAUAAGUAGUUUGCUGCUUUUCGUGAUUUGCGUUUUGGGAAUCGUUGGAAACGUUAUGGUCAUCUUGGUGGUGCUCACUACCAAACACAUGAGGACUCCUACUAACUGCUACCUGGUCAGUUUGGCUGUGGCUGAUCUGAUGGUGCUAACAGCUGCUGGUUUACCGACUAUCACGGACAGUAUCUUUGGAUCUUGGGUAUUUGGACACUAUGGGUGCCUCUGCAUCACCUACUUUCAGUACCUCGGGAUCAACGCCUCCUCUUGUUCCAUAACCGCGUUCACCAUAGAGAGAUACAUCGCUAUCUGCCACCCCAUUAAAGCUCAGUUUCUGUGCACUUUGUCCAGAGCAAAGAAAAUCAUUUUAUUCGUUUGGGCUUUUACGUCUCUUUACUGCGUGAUGUGGUUCUACCUGUCAGACAUCCAGGAGCUCGUGUACGACAACAUCACCAUCAUCACCUGCGGCUACAGAGUAUCCAGGAAGUUUUAUUUGCCCAUUUACUUUUUCGAUUUCGGCGUCUUCUUUGUGUUACCGCUGCUGCUCUCCGCGGUCCUGUACGGACUCAUCGCCAGGAUCCUCUUCCUCAACCCGCUGCCCUCCGACCCCAAAGACAAGAAGAAGAAGAACGGACAUAGCAAUCACGCCAUAAAUAAGAGCACCAGCUGUAAAAACUCUCGCCACUCCAGCUCCACCGCGACCUCCCGCAGACAGGUGACUAAGAUGCUGGCAGUGGUGGUGAUCCUGUUCGCCAUGCUGUGGAUGCCGUACCGCACCUUAGUGGUGGUCAACUCCUUCCUGGACCGGGCCUACCUGAACAGCUGGUUCCUGCUCUUCUGCCGGAUCUGCAUCUACCUCAACAGUGCCAUCAACCCGGUCAUCUACAACGCCAUGUCUCAGAAGUUUCGCGCCGCUUUCCGUAAGAUCUGCCGCUGUGGGCGGCAGAGCUUGGAUAAACCUGCCACCUACAGCGUCGCCCUCACCUACAGCGUAGUCAAGGAUACAUCAAUUGUGGAGAGCACAGAUCACUUCACAACAGAGCUGGAGGAGCUUACUGUCACAGACGAACUGCUGUCUGAUCAAAAAAUGAUGUUCCCAGACUCCUGCGUUUAUGGGAAAGUGAAUUUCAGUGAUGCUUGAGGUUUGAAAGACUCCAUGUUUGAGGCCAGAGGGACGACUCUGAGGGCCACCCGAGGAUUAAAGAGUUUGGAAACAUCACUUAAUGGAGUCUUUUAAAUGCGGAUAUUGUUUCCUGAGUGCCUGCUGACCUUUUCAAAGCCAGACUGCUGUAGCUGGAGAUGUAAACACAGAUUACAGCCACUGAUGCGUAAUGACAGUGUUUGAGGCACAAAGCCAAACAUGCUCUUCAUCAAGAAUGAUCCUGCACAUUGUAGAGUCACAAACAUUGACAAAUAAGCACUGUUUUAAUCGGACAACUGUUAUCUUAUCUUGGACCUACCUAAGUAAGAUACUGUGUUUGAGUCAACAAAACCUGAAUGUGAACAAUAACACCAUCCCCACCUCUUCAAUGCCAGUGUCACAAAGACUCAUAUCUGAUCUUUAAAACUGCACAAGACUGCACGGCUGUGAGCGGUAACUGGAAAAAAUGUGAACUCCAAUACCCAGAAAUCCUGUGAUGUGAUGUCACUAAACUACCUACAUGUUUACCAGUGUUUGUCAGUGAUGCUUUACGCCAAAGGAUACAAAAGACAUGACAGGAGCAAAAUGAUCUGGGUGGCUUUGGUCUGGAUGGAGUCACAGUUUGGAUUUCUUCUUUCUCCUUUCUGAUUCACCAAUUGCAAUGCGUGAAGUGACCCUGUACAUACCAAAAUUCAGGUUUUCUCCGCUUCAAGCAUGUCUGCCUGAUUUUAGGCUGAUGAGAACGGUGUAUUUUCAUACCAAAAACCUCAUCCCGUGCAGCUUUGAUAACCAUUUGCCAUCCUGCUUCUCUGAUGUUUUUCCAAGGCAGACAGUCUAUUAAAGGGUGAGUCACACCUGAACCUUCACUGACAAAACGGUUCCUAUAUUUAUAGUGAAGGACGCAGAUGCAGCCUCGAGCACCAUGUGAAAACCAAGGCAGACUGCUGUGAGGGCUCCGGAGCCUGGGGUUAAGUCUCUGUAAGGACAUUGUGGGGUUUUUCCACUGCAAAUGACAAGUGUUUACUGAGAGGUAUUCAGUAUAAAGUACUUUGUAACUUAAGUUCAAAAAGUGCCAUAAAAAUUAAGUUUAAUAUGUGUAGUAAUAGCUCCCACAGCAUCACCCUCAUUCAAAACAAAUAAUACUUUAUGAAGGGUUUAAAAGUUGUGACUAAUGGCUUUAUUCAUAGGAAACAGAUACUUUUAUAAUGC